UAAGCUAGGGCGAGUGCGAGAGCCGAGAUCCAAUCCGAUCUGUACCCCACGAAAGGGAAAGGAAAAAGAUUCUUGCCUUGCCCCGCCCCGCCUCCCUCUCCUCGGCAAAGCUAUACAACACCACCACCACAGCCACAGAGCCACAGCCAGUCGCCCGGCACAACUGCAGCCUGACCAGGGCCCUCAAAGAAAACAAAUCUAGGACAAUCAAGCUGCUGCUAGCUAGGAUUAGCGUUGCGUGAGAGCGAGGAAUCGAGCCAAAUCUCAUGCCAACCUAGCCAUCUUCUCCUAGCUAGCUAGCCAGUGCGAGAAGCGAGCAGAGAGAUCGUGUUGUAGUGGUGGUUGCUGAAUUCCGUAGACCUCAGUUUGCCGAUUUUGAGACCGGUCGAGAUUUUGAGAGAGAGGCGCGCGGGGGAGGGAUCAGAGACCGGAGAUGGGUCGCGGCAAGGUGGUGCUGCAGCGGAUCGAGAACAAGAUCAGCCGGCAGGUGACCUUCGCCAAGCGCCGCAACGGCCUGCUCAAGAAGGCCUACGAGCUCUCCAUCCUCUGCGACGCCGAGGUCGCGCUCGUCCUCUUCUCCCACGCCGGCCGCCUCUACCAGUUCUCCUCAUCCUCCAACAUGCUUAAGACCCUUGAGAGGUAUCAGAGGCACAUUUUUGCUUCGCAAGAUGCCGUGGUGCCGACAAGCGAUGAGAUGCAGAAUAAUUAUCUGGAAUAUAUGGAGCUGAAGGCAAGAGUUGAGGUUUUACAACACUCUCAAAGGAAUCUACUAGGCGAUGAUUUGGCUCCACUCAAUACAUCCGAGCUGGAUCAGCUUGAGAGUCAAGUAGGCAAGACCUUGAGGCAAAUAAGGUCAAGAAAGACUCAGGUACUACUCGAUGAGCUCUGCGACCUGAAGAGGAAGGAACACAUGUUAGAGGACGCAAACUUGACCCUGAAAAGGAAGCUGGACGAGAUGGAGGUGGACGCGGCACCUCCUCCUCCGCCGCCGCCGCAGCAGCAGCAGCUGCCGUGGCAGAACGACCACGGCGUGGCCGUGCCGUCCUACGCGCCGCCACAGCCAGACCACUUUUUCCAGGCCCUGGAGUGCAGCCCGUCCCUGCAGCCUGCAUUUCGCUGCAUGGAUGUGAACCAGCCGCCGCCCGCAUGGAUGGCAUAGCGCUAGGUUGAUCGAGCUACCGUUUCAGAUCAACAGAGUCCUUUCCUGCCCGUGUGUCCUACUGUCCUGCGUCUCCGCUCCUAUAUAUAUCGGCUGCUUUUGUGGUUCCUUUUCAAAGAGCUUGCCCGACUUGCCUUUAAGUAAUGUGUACAGGGCUUUGUCUUAUUUGUUACUAGCAAGUGUUAUUUUGCUCAGUUUGUUCAGAAAAGGCGAAAACGGUUUUCCUUUUGGGAUUUUAUUACAUCAGCUUACAUAAUAAACCUUCCCCGGCCCGGCUGGGGCAUGGCA